CUGCUGCUGCACUGACUCAGAUGAGAUUACUUUAUCACUGUCAGCAGCAGCUCUAAGGCUGGGCAUCUCUGUCAGUCCAGGCUGAACCUUUGGGCACCUGCGUCAGAGCUCAGACCGCCAAAGCCCACGGAGUAAGUGGGCCCACUCACCGCCGUUUCACGUCUGAGAGGCUGCUGCUGCGCACAGGCGCACAACAAGGAGGAGGGAUGGUGGAUGAGGGGGGUUAAGGGUCCUCUAGUUGUCGGGAGCAUCAGUGACAAGCUGCUCGGUUAAACCCUCUCGCAGACGGUCCACUACCGUGUCCAUGUGGGUUCUGAUCGCUUUGACAAAUCAGCGCCUCUAAACCAGCCCCCGGGUCCAGGGUUUGCCCCUCCUGUCCAGCACCAAUCUGAGCAGCGAAGGAGGAGGGGGGCGGGAAGGUUAGUUUGAAGAGGGCAGAGCUUUGCGAAAGCACGCCAAAUUAUCCCCUAUUUCACCGCUGGAAAGAAAUAAAAAAAGGGAAAAGAAAAAAAAAGAUCCAUACCCAGUGGAUGAUAACAGUUGAGGGUGAAAUCAGACGGACUAAGCGUCAGAACCUCAUUAACUCCAAGGAGGCAGAAGAAACGGCAGGAACGCAACCCUCAGUGCUGCGGGAGCGUCUGUUCUGAACCAACAUGGCUGCCCUACAGUGGAAGGCAAAACCGCCACAGCAGAACUUGUGGAUCUUCCUCCUUUCCCUAAGCCUUCUUCCUGAAGCCAGCAGGGCAGUCGUUGGACACAGAGAGCCGCUGCCUGAUGACAGCAAAGACAACAUUACCAUUUUCACCCGGAUCCUCGACAGGCUGUUGGAUGGGUACGACAACAGACUACGUCCCGGGCUCGGAGAGAGCGUGACAGAAGUGAGGACAAACAUCUACGUGACCAGUUUUGGGCCGGUGUCGGACACAGACAUGGAGUAUACCAUUGAUGUCUUCUUCCGUCAAAGCUGGAGGGACGAGAGGCUUAAGUUUGACGGUCCAAUGCAAGUUUUGCCGCUUAACAACCUACUGGCCAGUAAGAUCUGGACGCCCGAUACCUUCUUUCACAACGGGAAGAAAUCUGUGGCCCACAACAUGACAACUCCAAACAAACUACUACGACUAGUUGACAACGGCACGCUUCUCUAUACAAUGAGGUUGACCAUCCAUGCAGAGUGCCCCAUGCACCUGGAGGACUUCCCGAUGGAUGCACACGCCUGUCCUUUGAAGUUCGGAAGUUAUGCGUACACCAACAGUGAGGUGAUCUACCUGUGGACUCAGGGAGACGAGAGAUCUGUCGCUGUGGCAGAGGACGGCUCACGGCUCAACCAGUAUGACUUACUGGGUCACGUCAUUGGCAAAGAAACCAUCAGUUCCAGCACAGGAGAAUACGUAGUGAUGACGACAUAUUUCCAUUUGAAAAGGAAAAUUGGCUAUUUUGUGAUUCAAACCUACCUUCCGUGCAUCAUGACAGUCAUACUGUCUCAGGUCUCCUUCUGGCUUAACAGGGAAUCGGUUCCUGCCCGCACUGUGUUUGGGGUCACCACGGUCCUAACCAUGACCACUCUGAGCAUCAGUGCUAGAAACUCCCUCCCUAAGGUGGCCUAUGCCACUGCCAUGGACUGGUUCAUGGCAGUGUGCUAUGCCUUUGUCUUCUCUGCCCUGAUAGAGUUUGCGACAGUCAACUACUUCACCAAACGCAGCUGGGCGUGGGAUGGGAAAAGAGAGGGCAUGGAAAUAAGGGUGGGCUCAUCUCAGGAAUUAGCCUGAGGGUGAUUGACAGCGCUAUGACCCUCCUCCUGGCUCUGAUUGGCAGAUGGCAGCAAUAGCACAGGGAGAAGAAGGAGGAUCUUGAUGUUUUUUCAACAGAUUAUCUGUCUCAUAUCAUAAUGUGAAAACAUAGUGACAGUUUUUAUGCAAAAAAAAAAAAAGAUUUUUACUAAAGCUACUCCAACAAAACGUCUUUUUGUCUUAAUAUGGCGCCUAAUAUCCAACUAAUGAACCAGGAAGGAGGUUUUAAAACAAAGCGACAAAACAUGCAAUAAAACAUGCAGAUAAAGGAUUAAUAGAGGUCGUCCAUUGAACCUACAUCUAAAUAAAAACAGUCAUUCCAGAACCACACAGGCACAAGCGACGUCAUUAUGUCUCUCCAUGUGCUGCCCACACUCUCAUUCCCCCACAUGCUUACUCACUUCAGGCUAUUAGACAUGCCAACAUUUCAUCUCCAAACAUAGAGGGGGUGGCGACUGUCCCAAGGUUUGCUCACAAGCACACUCCCAGCUGCAAGCAGUGAAGCACAGGGCAGCACAAUCGCUUAAUCACCCUGAGACACAUUUCAAUUCUUAAGCAACAAUUUGCCAAAGUUAUGAGGACAAGGUCAACGGAUGCAUUGUGAUGUUUUCUUGCCUUCGGCCAGCCCAAUUACUUGGACUAGUGCAUGCAGAUCUUUUAAGCAGAAGUAAAUUAUGUGCUGUGACACAUUAGGUUCAUAACAAAAUGCAUCCAGCCCAAUGCCACAGAUGGUUUCCCCAAUAAUUAGGCCCAAUAAAUUAGCGCAGAUGACAGCCCAGCUAAAAAGCAACAGAAAACAACUCUGUACAGCUCAUUUGUCAGGUUAGCGCUGCACAGAACAUCCUUAACGCUAAAGACCAGGGAGCUGAAUGAUC